AUGGACGACCUUUACGAUGAGUUUGGAAACUUCAUUGGUGAGGCCGAGGAAUCAGAGGAGGAAUCCCAGCAUGGCAAUGAUGCGAGCGCAUACGUCUACGAUGAAUACCCAGAGGAAGCGCCUGAGGAGCCUACGGGUCAGGAGUUGAUGGAUCUUGAUGAUGAAGGACCCUCGAAUGCGGUGAUAUUGCACGAAGACAAGCAAUAUUAUCCCACUGCGCAACAAGUAUAUGGAGAGGAUGUGGAAACUAUGGUGCAAGAAGAAGAUGCGCAACCCCUCACGCAACCCAUCAUAGCUCCUGUCGAAAAGAAGAAAUUCAACAUACAGGAGGCAGAUCUUCCACCGGUACAUUUCGAUCGAGGUUUCAUGGCCGACCUCAUGAACUACCCCGAACAAAUCAGAAACGUCGCCCUUGCCGGACAUCUACAUCAUGGCAAAACCGCAUUUAUGGACAUGCUGGUUCUCGAGACUCACGAUAUUACUGAGCGAUUAGAAAAGAAAACCGGGAAGAAGAAGGAUGAGCAAUUGCGUUAUACAGAUAUCCAUGUUGUCGAGCGCGAACGGGGACUAUCCAUCAAAUCCGCUCCCAUGAGCCUGGUGCUUCAGAGUACCAAGGGGAAAUCACAUCUUCUGAAUAUCCUUGAUACUCCAGGCCAUGUGAAUUUCGUAGAUGAGGUUGCAUCUUCGUUACGGCUGGUCGAUGGAGUAGUUCUGGUGGUUGAUGUUGUUGAAGGUGUUCAAGUUAAUACAGAGCGGAUCAUCAAGCAUGCUGUUUUGGAAGGUCUGCCCUUGACUCUCGUUGUCAAUAAAAUGGAUCGUCUAAUUCUAGAGCUCAAGCUACCACCUACGGAUGCCUAUUUCAAGCUGAAGCAUGUUAUUGAAGAAGUCAAUACUGUGAUUGAGGCUACUUUGCCUGGCCAAGGAGAGAGCCGAAGACUCAGUCCAGAGAAAGGUAAUGUUCUUUUUGCCUGCACCAGCAUGGGAUGGUGUUUCACAUUACAAUCAUUCGCCAAAAUGUAUGCGGACAACUACGUGCCCAACAAAAAGCGAGGACCCGGUUUGAACAAUGAGGAAAGUGGAAUCAAUGCCCACGAAUUCGCCAGGAGGCUGUGGGGUGACAUUUUCUACAACCCCUCAAGGAGGUCAUUCACCCGAAAAGGUGUCGAAGAGAGGUCAAAACGCUCUUUCGUCCAUUUUAUUCUGGAACCAAUCUACAAGUUGUAUUCUCACACUCUUAGCGAGAGCCCGGAAGAUUUGAAAGACACCCUGGAAACACUCGGGAUUUUUCUCAAGCCAUCACAGUACAAGACGGAUGCCAAUGUUCUUCUGAAACUUGUUUGUGAACAAUUCUUCGGCCCAUCAACCGGGUUUGUUGAUAUGGUUGUACAGCAUAUACCUUCUCCGGUGGAAGCUGCAGAGAAGAAACUGAAACGUCAUUACACGGGUCCAUUGGAUACGACGGUUGGAGCGGCUAUGAAGAAUUGCGAUCAAGAUGGACCAUUGGUCAUUCAAAUAACAAAACUACUAAACACAAGCGAUGCUACAGGAUUUUAUUCGUUUGGGAGAGUGUUGAGUGGUAUUGCACGAGCAGGCACUAAAGUGAGAGUCCUUGGCGAAGGCUACUCAAUUGACGAUGAAGAGGACAUGAGUAUUGCCACCAUAUCGGAUGUGUGGAUCGCUGAAACAAGAUACAACAUCCCUACAGACGGAGUUCCUGCCGGCAAUUGGGUUCUGCUUGGGGGGGUGGAUAACUCGAUCGUUAAAUCCGCAACCAUUGUACCCCUUGUUUUACCAAAUGAAGAAGAGGCGUAUAUUUUCAAACCGAUAACACAUUUCACCGAGUCCGUUUUCAAGGUUGCAGUGGAGCCGAUCAACCCUUCCGAACUUCCUAAAAUGUUGGAUGGUUUAAGAAAGGUCAACAAAAGCUACCCUCUUAUCACUACGAAGGUCGAAGAAUCUGGCGAACACGUCAUUCUAGGCACGGGAGAACUCUACAUGGACUGUGUCCUGCAUGAUCUCCGACGAUUAUAUGCAGAGAUGGAGAUCAAAGUGUCUGAUCCUGUUACGCGCUUUUGUGAGACAGUUGUUGAGACAUCAGCUAUCAAAUGUUAUGCCCAAACACCAAACAAGAAGAAUAAGAUCACAAUGGUGGCAGAACCUCUUGACCAGGGGAUUGCUGAAGAUAUUGAAGGUGGAAAAGUUAGCAUCAAGAGUCCUGCUCGAGUAAUUGGCAAAUACUUUGAAGAGAACUAUGGUUGGGAUUUAUUGGCUUCCAGAAGUAUCUGGGCAUUUGGUCCCGACGACUUGGGACCAAACAUUCUACAGGACGAUACUAUUCCAUCCGAGGCAAGUACAAUCCAAAAAACAUCUAUUCGCUUAACCCUUGUGGACAAAAAGUUAUUACUUAGUGUACGGGAUACUAUCCGUCAAGGAUUUAGUUGGGCAGCUCGAGAAGGACCACUUUGUGAAGAACCAAUCCGGAAUAGUAAAUUCAAGAUAACAGACGUUAUAUUGGCUCCCGAAGCGAUCUUCCGGGGUGGUGGUCAGAUUAUUCCCACCUCCCGACGCGCAUGUUAUUCUUCCUUUCUAAUGGCUUCUCCAAGAUUAAUGGAACCCGUCUACUCCUGUUCCAUGACCGGACCUGCAGAUUCCGUCACCUCACUUUACACUGUACUUGCCCGUCGCCGCGGUCACGUCUUAUCCGAUGGCCCCAUCGCUGGUACGCCCCUCUAUCGUGUUAGUGGUCUCAUACCCGUCAUCGAUUCCUUUGGUUUCGAAACCGAUCUUCGCAUUCACACUCAAGGACAAGCAACCGUUUCGCUGGUCUUUGAUCGCUGGAGUAUCGUCCCAGGUGAUCCAUUAGACAAAGAUGUCAUUCUCAGACCACUUGAACCAGCAGGUGCGCAAGCCACCGCUAGAGAUUUCGUCUUAAAAACUAGGAGAAGAAAGGGUCUCAGUGAGGAUGUAAGUGUAGCCAAGUUCCUCGAACCGGAACUCUUUGCUAGUUUGAAAGAAACGGGUAUCUUGGACGGAUAG